AUGACAUGUUUGGAGUUUACCACUGCACGUGUUAGUAACUUACAGGCUGGUGUUUAUCUCAACACUCUUCCAACCUUCUGCUUCUCUAGAGAAUCAACAGCUGUGGGCAGUGCGUGUUUCUCCGCGAUAAGAGUAACCAGCCACUUUCGGAAGAUGUCAGCUCCCACUAACUCCCUUCAGCAGCCGAGGGUGAGGCGCAGCAAUGCGGGCUCCCCGGGCUCGUUCAGCCACAGCAGCAGCAGCUGCAGCCGCCUGCACCCCAUCCGCGCCACCGUGCCCUACCAGCUCCUGCGUGGGGGUCCAAGCAGUCCCACACGACCACAAACCAUUCACGGAGGAGCAACGGCCAGCCGGGUCUCAAGUCCCCCCUCCAGCCCUCCGCUCAUUUCAGGAAGUACAAAUGCAAAGCAAAGAGUGUCACCCGAAUAUAAGGAGGUUUCCUGUCCAUCAGACUCUUCAGUUUCCAAAGCAGAAAGAUCCAAACUUCAAGUGCGGAGUUCCAGUGCCAUUCGAAGGGCGUCCUCCUUGGAUGCCAUCACAGGACCGUACCUCACUGGCCAGUGGCCCCGGGACUCCCAUGGACCCUACCCUUCUUGUAUGAAAGACAAAGCUACACAGACUCCAGGUUUUUGGGCUGAUGAAGCAGCUGAACUGGGAAGUCCUCACCAGCGGUCAGCAUCGUGGGGGAGUGCAGAUCAUCUGAAAGAGCAGAUUGCUAAACUGAGACUGCAGCUGCAGCGCAGCAAACAGGUCACCCGGCAGACCAAAGACAGGGAGCAGAACUCACUGCAGCUGCCCCAACCGGCGCAGCACAGUGCUGCAUGCCAAUCACAGUACAAGGGAACUUCAUCAACUUUAACAACAAACCCGAUGCCUAAGUCGCUCAUAUGCAGAGUGCCAAGCAGCGUGGAGGGAAUCAACCGCGAGCUGGAAAACGUAUUCAUAAAAGACGACUGGGAGCAUGGCUUACAGGCCAUGGAGGCAGUGGAUGGCCGCCGCCCCCCUUUUCCACCGCACCGCUCCAGCAGCAUUAGCGGUGACACACGUGACACCGACACACAGGCCCCGUCAAGUGGCGAAUCAAGCCCGUCCCCCCGACCCUGCAGCCCCGACCACCUCCACUCCCCCGAUGAAAGUCCCUGUUCUGCUGAGGAAAUUGAUAAAGACAGUGGGUGCAGUUCUCCUCUCCCCAAGUUUGCCACUUCUCCCAAACCAAACAACAGCUACAUGUUUAAACGGGAACCUCCAGAGGGAUGUGAGAGGGUCAAAGUCUUUGAUGAACUGGUAUCUGGCAAAUCGAAAGGCUUCCCGCUCUUCUCCUGCCCCGACAAAAACAAGGUGAACUUUAUUCCCAGGGGCUCGGCCUUCUGCCCCGUGAAACUCCUCUGCUCCUCCCUGUUCUCCCCCAUCAGCCCCAGUUUUCAUGGCAACAGCAGCCACACAACUCAGGUGACCCCGACUCAGCCCACAGUGCCAGCAGCUAUGUUUUCGGCCUCCACAGAAAGGAGCGUUGACCUGAGCGGUGGCCUGAAGGCAAACGGCAGCACAGGCAGCCAAAAUGCUGACGCAGGAGACGGCUCAGCACAUGUAGUCCUUACCAGCUGGUCCUCAGGUAUUCAUGACCAAAACACCUACAAAUAAAAUGUUGCUUGGCUGCUGGUUUGGUUAGAAACAAAGGAAUAAAAAAAGACAACAAAAAAAAUUGCACUCUGAUACUUCUAACGUUAGCCAGCAGUGGGUGCCCUCGGUCUGGAAAUGACAAACAUCUUUGAGGACAUAAGUACCAGCAUCCUGUUUCAUUAACAUUCCUGUCAAAUUCCAGGAUUGGUGUCUGAUGUUUAAGGAAUAAUACUUGGUGUCUGGGCAUUUUUGCUGACCUUGGGCAUCAGCUUCUCUCCUCCCAUCACUAACCUAACCUACUCCUCUUUACCACCUCCUCUUAUCCAUCAUCACAUAUAGCAAAAAAUCCUUUGCUUAUUCUGCAAUAAAUAGAACUGAAUGAUUAAAUUAUAUAGAGUGUUUGCAGUUUUAUCAAGAUAAGAAUAAAAAAGGAAAAAAUCCAAAAUAGUAACCAUACAAUAUCAGCAGCGACUGCAUUGUGUUCACGUUAUCCAGCCAUCUUAUUAGCUGUUCAGUGUUGAAGCUAAAACCUAUGGGAUGUCUUAUACUUUACCCCACUCUGGGUGUAAAGGUUAUAGGGCCUUUUUUUUAAUUUCUGACAUAUAUGUUUGAAUGUACUUGUUGCAUGUUGUUAAUGAGAAAGCAGCAGUACUUGUUGAUUGUAGUUGUCCAUCAGCAGGUUGUUAAGGCCAGGCCUACGCCUGUAGACCUAGUGUGACCACCAAUAUACAGUAACAGGAUGAGCCAAGCACAAAAUGCAAAUGGGAGCUGUUUAAUCAGUGACCAAGUAACCAACCACAAAGCACAUGACUUUCUUAUUCCAUUUUUUCAUUGGCCCAACGUACUUAAAGCAAUAACUCAGGUCGUUUAGAAAGUGAAUGGUACCACAGCGAAUGUGUUACCAUUCCCCAGUGUUUAUAGGGAGGUCUCUCACAGACGUCUUUCCAAAUGUACAUUUUGUUUAUUCCCAGGAAAGAAAGGUUCAUUCAGACUGAAUCGUUUGGUUCAGAUGCCUACGAGACAUUCCAGGGUUUGCUCUAAACGCAAACAUAACUAGCUGCAUAAACUACUUUAAACCCUAAUUGAGAAUUUUAUAAUUAUGUAGCAAUUAAAUGCCACAUGUACCAAAGCAAACUACAAAACAGCACAAUGACUGUCAUAUUCGGGAUAUCAGGGCAAUGCUUGUCCCAGAAUGUUAGCGUGUUUUUCUUUUCUUUUUUUUUUUAGGCGAUUCAGUGACAUUUGAGGCUCUGGGUCAAUUUGCCCCUUCCAGAAUACAUAUGCCCCGAAAACAAACUUGAUUUUCUUCACAUAAUCAGGGCAGUUAGACGCUGGCAGCGUUUAGCUAGACAUCGUAAUUUCUGCUCCUAUUCUGACCAGCAUUGUUGCUCUCUCUCAUUUCUUCAAAUAGCUGCAACCAGAAUCAUUUUUAUUAGUCUCACUUUUCCCCACCUAAUGUGAAGGUGUAGCUAUACUACAGUCAUGUAGCUGUCAAAGGGUUAUUCCGAGGACAGCUUCCUACCUGUAUGUACUUGUUGUAUGGGAUCUUUUUUUAAGUUCAUUUUUUUACGUCCACAAUAGGUGAGCACAGAUUAUUUUAACACAUUCCAGUUAAAAAUGUGUUCUUUAAGAAAAUAAUCCAUUUUCCAUCUACAGCCCAGAUCGACAGGCUUCAAGGUGAUGCUGUUACAAACGUAGCAUCAAACGAACAUGGAGGUCCCUUCCUGUUUCACAUGGCUUAACUCAAAAGGGUCCUUCUGUUUCAGAAAGGAGCAUUUUAAAAUUACUUCUCUCCUUUGAAAUCCAUCUGAGCGACAGAUUUUGAUUUAUUUGUGUCAAACUGAACACUUUAUUGCCUGUCAGUUUUUCUAUUGCUAGAUAAGUAUUUUGAGUAAUUCUUCAGAUAAACAAUAAUAAAAAUGUUCAUAUCUAACAUGUAAUUUAAGGUAGUUAUUUACACCUGCUUCCCGCUGAAUGUAUGUGAGAUUUCUGUUCUGGCCAGCUGACCCCUUUUAAAUAUUUGACCCCUGAUCAAACCAACAUAACGCGAGUGAGGUUCUGCCAGUGGAAGCAAUUUAUUAGAGUUUCCUUACAUUAGGCUAUGAGAGAAUUUUAAUAAAAUUACUUUUAAACCCCGGUUGUCAAAGCAAGUACCAACUGACCGUUCCUUUCAUUCCCCCAAAAAACAAAAAUAGAUGUAAAAAAAUAUGUAUACUGCAUCGGAACGAAAUGGUGAAGGGGCGAAAUGACGAGUGCUCAACAUAUGAACACUGCAUCUAAAUGUUGGAAACACACAGGCUUUUUUUUUUUUUAUAAUCCCAAGCUUAAGCACUGACUUGGAAAGGAAAAGAUAUUUACUGUUCUGUACUGUGCCCAAGUGUGUUCAUUAAAACAAUCAAAAAAAAUGUGCAAUUGAUUUUUGUCUGGCAAAAAAUACAAUUACAGUUUGGCCUCUAUAAAUGAAUAUAGGCACCUAAUAUUGCUGAAUUUCCAUCACAUUUUAGAGAUGACAAAGCACAAACGCCGCAGGUUUAUGCCGAGGUCGCCCUGAUUGAGAUUUAUCUCGAUGCUUUGUUUCAAACAAAAACCAAGACAACAUGUGUGACACAUCCCUCAACUCUGAAGUCGUUGUUUUGCCUGCAGCUUUAAGAGUUUUCACCAUAUUGAUUCUGAUUUCAUUCACAAGCACAUUGUGCCGAACAUUAAAGAAGUAAUUGCCAUUGUUGGCAAUAAUGAAUUGAUUCUCCUGUGUUUUACAUGUUAUUAUGUAGAUCUUGUGUGUUCUUUUUCAAUAAAGAAAACAGAAAAGCCUC